GCAUCUGAGGACGUGUCUAUUGACCUUAUCAUAGGCACUCCUGAGGUUUAAAGGCAGGCGUGAGCCAGGUGGACAUGUCAAACACCAUUUACCCCACUCAUUCCUACUUCCUACCACCAUGAGCGAGUCCAAGCGCUUCAGUGUUAUUGUCGCUGGCGGAGGCACGGCAGGAGCCAGCGUUGCUUUCUUCUUGUCUCAGCUCAACGUGAACGUCACUGUUCUCGAAAGUCGCCCGGGCCGCCAGACAGACCAGCGAGGCAGUAUUGUCAUUCUGGGACCCAACGGGAUGAACGUAAUGCACAAAGGACUUGAUGCCUCGAACGUGCUGCUGAGCCGUCAAUGUGGUCUUCCUGUCCCACAUAUCUAUCUCCACGACAAUCAGGGCAGCGUCCUUGGCAGCGUCCCGCAGGGCACAGUAGAGCGCUUUGGGUUCCAAAGCCAUGUUGUUACACGGUGGGACAUACAAGAAGUCAUCAUGGACAAGCUCGAGACCUCAGGGGGAGAAUACGUAUGGAACGCCAAGUUCGAAAGUUUCGAGGAAGUCGAAGAUGGAGUCGUUGUCCGUUGGACGGAGGCCGGCAAGGCGAAGGAGCGACAGGUUGACUUGCUCAUUGGUGCGGAUGGGAUUUGGAGUAAAGUCAGGACAAGUUUGCACCAGAAGCUGGGGCUCGAUGUCCCUAAACCACGUUAUAGCGGACUCGCGGGUUUUGGUGGUGACCUCGAAGCUGGAGAAGUACCUGGGAUCAGCCAGAUUCUCACGAAGGAUAAGCCUGUGGUCAUGUAUCGGGGCCGCACAGGGUUCAUGGGUAUUGGAUUACUCGACGGGCCAUUGAAGCGCAUGUGGUGGUGGGUCACAAACGAGACGCCUGACAGGCCUAGAGAGGAGUGGAAAAUGUCCAGAGACGAAAUCUUCAAAGGGAUCGACAAUCGCUUUGGUGAUUGGGCUUCUCCCAUACCAGAGAUUCUUGCUGCUGCAAAGAGGUCCGAUAAGGAGAUAUUUGUCUGGCCAAUUAACGAGUUGGGGAAGCUCAAGAAUUGGCACACUGAUCGAGUGGUGUUGAUCGGAGACGCAGCACACGCAAUGCCUCCUCACUCAGGGCAAGGCGCCUCGCAAGCCCUUGAAGACGCUGCCUACUUUGCUAAUCUCCUUCGAGAUUUCCUCGAAAAAGGACAGCGAGGUGGCGAGGAGCUCAAGGCAGUGCUCGCAGCCUUCCAAACAGGCCGCCAGCCACGCGUCAAUAUGAUCCUCGAUGAGGCGAACAAACGUGGGGAUAACAAACGCGAUAUCGGCGCUGUGAAAAUGUUCCUCAUGAGGUGGACGGCGAGGUUCUUUUUCAUGUUUGCGAGUGACAGCUGGUUCGAUACCUGGUUUGGUUACGAGGUUCCUGGGAUCGACAAGUGGGCUGAGUUAAGGCAGGGACAUGUGUCUAAAUCCUGAGGUAUUUCUGAAUGGGUUUUAAGGCUCCAUCUACAGUGCAAGAAAUUUAAUGUGCGUAGUUGCACGACUUGUAAUAAUUUUGAAUUAUUAUUUUGCCAUAACGUCGC